CGUGGUCGCGGCCGGAGUUCGAAGCCCGGGCUGGCACCCGGAGGCCGGGCGUCGGUGCUGCUCCUCGUGCAGGAUGGAGGGGUCGGCCGCGGCCGUGUGUGAGAUUUUGAAAUACUUGAUAAUUCACUGGAAGUGUGAAACAGCCAAAGGAGCGUUGCUUGAAGGACAGCUAGUGAUUACCAUGGAAGCAUUCAAUUCUGAGCGCCAGGCAAACACUCUUCAUUGUGUAAUAACCAUUACUUCUGCAGGAAGCAUUUGUGGUGGUUUGGUCUGCAAGACAUUUCUAAAAGAAAUGCAGUCUGUUCUGCCCGGAUUCUCUGCCACGCUGGACUGGACUUCGGAGGGAGCCAGCUGUUCUCAGGACGUGUCCAGGGUCACACCUUUCCAGAUGACUUUUGAGGUUGAUGAGAAGCCCAGAACUUUGGUGACAGAUAGUCUGGUUAUAAAGAAUUUUUUACGCAAGAUUGUCAUGGUGCACCCUAAGGUCAGAUUUAACCUCAGUGUGCAGAUGAAUGGCGUCCUCUCUACAGAAGCCUUCGGACCAACAUCUGGUUCAACUCAGUUCCUCUGCAGCAGAAUCCACCCCGUUCUCGGACGUCCGGUAAUGCUCCGCGUCCCCAGUGACGUGGCCGACACGGGCUUGUCGGGGGAGCUGAUGCUGACUCCGGCUGCCGCCGUGUGCCCCUGCCCGAGGAUCUCUUCCAACCAGCCGAAUAGGAUUUCUUCGGUCUCCGUAUUUCUAUAUGGACCUUCAGGUCUGCCUCUGAUAUUGCCAAGCCAGGAGCAGUCAGUGACUAUGUCUUGGGCUGAUGUCUUCAAAGAUCUCUCUUACUUCAUUGACUGGAAGAAAUACCGCUUGUGUGUGGUGCCCAAUUCGGAUCUCGAUUUGGAUAGAGACACGGUGCUUCCAGACGUGAGUUUUCAGGUGGAGUCCAGUGAGGGGCAUCAGCCUCAACGUGUGGACCCUCGGGGACACGCUCUGCUGCUCAUUCUCUUUGUGGACCCCCACGGCGGGUCCCCAGCCCAGCAAGUGCAGCUCUGGGGAGCCCACGCGCUGCUCGCCGCUCGGCUCGGCGCCGUCCUCAGGGAGAACCGCAGCGCGGUGCGCCAGUCCCUCCAGCUGGCCGUGGACCGCGCCCUGGAGCUGCAUCACCGGGCUGCCAAGGCUCAUCAGAGACGGCGGGCCUCACUGGCGGUGGCCGUGGACUCCAUCAUGAGUGUCGUGACCGGCAGCACCAGCCGCAGCUUCCGGAACUCCUGCCUUCAGGCCCUGCAGGUGGCUGACACACGGGAGCUCGGGACCGAGCUGCACAGAGCCUUCCACGCGAUCACUCAGCACCGAGUUCCUCGCCACGGCUCCUGUGAGGUGAAGCAGCAACUGCUCCCAGAGAAAAAUGACAGAGAGGACAGAACAGAGGAUGCGCGUGAAGACAGCAGCCUGGAGCUCCUCGUAGGGGCCAGCGGACAAGCAGAAAGCAAGAGGCUCAAGAAGGGCAGCCACCGCCAGGUCGUGGAGGGAACGCGGGCUUUCCACUCUGCCAGGGGCCCGAGCCCGUCGGAGGCUGCCCUGCGCAGCGCAGAGGCCCCCGCGGCCUCCCUGACUCCCGGAGGAAGCAGGGCGGGCCCCGGGGGCGGCCCGGAGGACGCGCUGUGGCUGCAGGAGGUCUCCAACCUUUCGGAGUGGCUGAGUCCCGGCACCUGAGCCGAGCCCGCUCCCCAGGCGUCCACACCAGCCGGGCGGAGGCCGAAGCCACGUGUAGUCUGUUGUUCAAUAAACUAGCUCCAUUCG